UUUUGUUUGGUUGGUGGUACUUUAGCUAGUAUUCAUUGCUAUUAUAUUAUUAUUGGCGGGCAGAGAUUUUUCUCUAAUCUCUGUUGGCGGGUUAUUUGUUUAGUUUUUAUGGCCUCACUUUGCAAAACAAAUGUUUAUUUACGUCAAUGUUAUGUUGGUUCAAUAUGUCACAUGUUGACUGUGAAAUACUGAAACAUUUGAUUUUGUUGAAAGAAUUAGAAUAUAUAGUGAAAGUGGAACAAUUAUUGCCGUGUUUUGUUUGUAUUUUAACUGGGACGCAUUCGUUAACAUAAAAAAACGUACGCAGGUUAUAGUUUUUCUUCAGUAUGAGCUCCAUGGAAAUGCAGCAGUUGUUGGACAUUCCCACCGGCAAUGAACCUGCAGCGGAACUUUGUCGCAAACUUGAGGCUGUGGAAAUGAUGCUGAAAGGUUUUCACGGUGAGAUCUCAGAGGUGACUGAGGUGCUUGACGUGUUGGUCACCCUGCAUCAUUUUCUGUCGGAUUCAUUCAUCCGGAGCAAGGAUCCCUUUGUGCGACUCAGUACUGGCAAUUGCCUGAUACAGCUCUGGACGUUGCCUGGUUCCGGACAGCGCAUAGCAAAUUCUGAUCUACAGGUGCUACAGAGCUUCUUAAUGAGCAGCGUCAGUCUCCUCAAGGAUCCAGAGGCAGAUUGGUAUGCCAUGAGUUUGGAGCACGUGCGCAGUCUACAGAGAAGCAAGGCACUCUGCUUUGUUCGCUUCAUCGAUGACUUGGAAUUUGUUGUCGACUGGUCCAGUAACCUCUUCAGUAGAGUUUUCACCGUGGUCAAAAAAACCACCGCGGUUGCGAUAAAUCAGUUGCAACUUCUCCUGCAGACGGUCGUCAGUGAUCUGGUGCAAGUGAAUGAGGUGGAGCCUGUUUUAGAUGUCAUCUACGCACAGAUAUUGGAUCAUGCAGAAAACCCAACAGCCUUUGAGUUCAGCGUGAAGUUGCUGCGAGCUUGCCGCAGGGACUUGGAGCUGCCAACUCAACAGUUCUUCGUAAACCAUUUACAAAGCAAGCCAAGUUCAGCCGAUCUGGGCAUAGUGUUCCGGAAGUUUGAGUUGAUGAAAACUUUAUAUUGCGCGUGUCCGCAGUUGGUAGCCACAGCUGUUGGUGGUUUGCAAAACUGCUUGGAAGCCACCACACUUGAUGAGAGCUCAGUGGACUUGGUAUUGAUGCUGAGCAAAAUGUUUGCAGUGACAGGCUCUAACCUUGCACGGGAUUGCAGACAUCUGUGGUUUAGUUUUUUACGCAGCCUUCGGCAUGGUGACAGGCAAGUGCAACUUCUGGGACUCGGAGAAAUGACUAACAUAAUUUGCAACCACCCAGAAUUAUUACCAAUCUGUUGGAAGUAUUUCAUGGCCCACUGUGUUAGAGAAGGAAGUCCUGAUGUCGUUCAGAAUGUUUUUGAUUGUUUGGAGACAGCCAGCUGUAGUUUUAACAUAAGCCUUAUUGACUGCAUCGUGCAAGUGAUGAAGGAAAUGGUUUCUGAUUCUUCUGUUGGUUUGACAGAACGAGCUCUAAAAGUUUUAGCAGUUAUUUUAGAAAAACUGCUCUUCAGUCCAAUGAAUACCAAUCUAACACAAAAAUGCAUUGAAAUUAUGUCUAUCUUCAGUAAUUAUUACCAAUUUGGAGAUAACAGAGCAAAAUCGUUUACACAGAAAUUGUUCCUGGGAUACCUGAUCCCAUUUGCAUUACCAGCUGAAGAAAGAGUGCUGCGAUUACUGAACUUCUGGCUUUUUAUGCCGCAGGACAUGCGAGCUUUGUUCCAUGAUAUUCAGCGGAAUUCUUUCUUUUUUCGUAAGCGAGUGCACGAGGCGUUGAAACUUUGCGAGGAGCGCGAUGAUGACAGCACCACGUCCUUGUUGCUCGCUCACGUGGUGUGGGUGUCGGAGAGGCUCGACCGGCCAGACUCCCGCCAGGACUACCUGGCACUGGAAGAGUUGUUCCUGCGCCUCGGUCGCAACCGUAGCUACCUGGGGAAGUUGAAAAUCAUCGCGGAUCAAGCCAGUUGUUCGAUCGAUCACAGGGUUUCAGCAAUGAAUGAGCUACUGGACACUCUCAAAACUAGGAAGAAAGAUAUGGUUCCAGUGGUUGAUCAGCUUUGCACUAAGCUCAUGGUGAAUUACUUUGACAAGAACAGUUUCAACAUUCUGUUACAGUGGGUUCAUCAUUGCAUCAUAAAUAAGCAAACUCCCAUCAGAAUUUCCUAUACGCCACAUGAAAUGGCAAUGGAGGGUUUGAAACUUAUUUUCGAACUGUUGUUCAGUAGCCCUCAUCUUGCUUUCGACUCAUCAUCAGUAACCAAGCUGAUGGAGAUGCUUGAAGCAACGUCAUCGCCAGGUGUUUCGUACACAGCAAUGGUUUUGAAGGUUUUGGCAGUCACGUCGAUGCAUAAAUCUUUCAAAACAGAGUACCCGGAAUUAUUUGAUGAACAUUUACUCCCUUUGCUGAAGAUGUAUGUGGUCAGUGGAACGCCUGAAGAAUCAAAAUAUGCUGUUCAGACUAUCGCCUACCACCUUGGAUCAGAGCGCUUGGGAACUUUGCAGAAGUUGUUGAUGGAGGUUUUCGAGAAGGCAAAGCUUCAAGAUGACCACUACUUAACAUUAAUAAGUACUGCUGCUUACCUAAAUGCUUUCAUGCCGUGGGAUGCAGCAGUCUCGUUUCGCAAGAUUUUGCCACAGUUCUAUAAAAUAGUUUUCAGUCCUCAGUUGCUAAUCAAUCUGUUAUUCACCAAAGAAGCUAUUGCUCGUCAUAAAGAAGCAUUUGUUAAUGGCCACUCUCCACUGACAAAACAGGUGUGCGUGAACAGGAUUUUACAAUGCUCUAGACUUCCAAAUGGAGAUUUUUAUGAAAAAGAUGAAGUCCCAAGCUGCACAAAGUGCCUGAAGGCGGCAGUGAAGACAGCUUCAGGGCUGAUUACGACGAUGGCCCACCUCGCAGAGGAUCCGCAUAAAUCGCUGAAUAUGAAGCAGAGACAUUGUGAGCUCCUGACUUUGAUGUGCUUAAACGAGAUGCACAGUUCGCUGCAAGCACCUCUCAGGGAUGAAGACAAGGCUUGUCUUCGACUUACUGCAGGGACAGCAUUGCUGAAGUUAUGUCAGUGGCCUUCAUUCUGGGAUGCCAUGCCUGUGGAGAGUUUUGUAGCGUUGUCACACCUUAUGAUGGAUGGUGUAAAAGAUGUGAGGCUAAAACUCUGCAGGAAACUGACAAAGGUAUUAACUGCCGAGUCCUCGGGCCUGCCUGUGGAUUUUCUGGCUUUCUAUGCCGUAGCCUUGCUCGAGGAGGACAAAGGCCUGCGUGAAGAAAUUAAAGGCAUGCUGAAAGUUGCGAUGACGGCAAAGAGGAAUGUCUACAGGCAUUGUAUCUACAUCACAAAUGAGUGUAACACUUUCGAUGAACUGGUCAAGAAAAAGCCUGAGUUGCUGGUUGAAAACAGCCUUGUUGUGGCCAUAUUCUUGCUUGCUCACAACCCACUGUUCUACUCGGUCAGAGAAGCACCAGUGUUGCACGAUGUCGAAGAAGCCCUGGCGACUCUGUUGGCCGAGCUGCAGGAAGGGAAGUUCAAGUUGACUUUUGAGGCUUACGCGGACAUUCUGGCGAGACUGCAACAUCUCCGCAGUAGUUUGGUACCAGAAAGUGAUGAAGUGCAUAACAAAAUUUUGGCGGCCAGCAAUGUGGUGCUACAUUGUUUGGAAGAUUUCCGAAAGCAGAGUAGAAAGAACUUAUGUGAAAUACCAAUAUCACUCAAGUACUUCCAAGCUCUUGAAGACUCCUAGGUAGAGUUUGUAUUAUUUGAAAUGUAUGUAAUUUUUUCUCUGUAACAAAAAUUUUCUGAUUUGUAUGUCAAUGCUCUUUAGCUCUUAAAUCACAGGGACUACAUUUGAAAACAAGAGUUUAUAAUUGGUUUUUUUUUGUUUAUUAAAUAAGAUUAUAUAUCAAGUUUUAUGAAGCAGUGAAGCUCAUAAAACUGGGUAUGGAUUGAGUUGAUAUAAUUUUAAUAAAGUUUACAUAUUUUGAUAUGUUAUUUGUUCUAAUUACGAAACACUUACCAGAAGUGAUAUUCAUAUUGAGCUGUUACUACAAUAAUUAUUAAUUAAUUUGCAGCCAACUGAAUUUCUUAUCAAUCAGUUUAGUGUUGAAUGUAUAGUAGGGGUGUGAAAAGCUUCGGAAAGUCAAAUCGAAGAUUAAUUUUCUUUGUGUUCAUCUUUGGCAAAAUUUAAAAAAAAAAAAAAAAAAA